AAUUUAAUUGCAAAUAAAAAUUAAGAAUAACAUCGACAGAGAAAAUUGACACACAACACAAGAAAAACAACAUUGGAGUUUCCUCAACUAAACCAAAAUCGCCACAAACAAUCCCUUCGGAGCUACCUAAGAUCACUCAUUCAUUGUUUUCAUCUUGUCUCACACAUGCUCUUGCGUUUUCUUCUUCAUUCUUCUCUUCUAUAUACUACAUACUAUUAAUCAUUUAUUAUAUAAAUUUCUUAGCUUUUGUAGUAUAUAGCAUCAAUUUUUUGUAGCUGUUUUUGUAAAUGGCCAAUGCAUCUGGGUUGUUCUAUACUCCUUCGGUUCCCAACUUCACUGUAAGGGUUCGUCCUUUCUCUUCCAUUCAUCGAUUUCAAGGUUUCAAAGUUUUCUGCUCUGGAGCUCAAAACUAUGCUUCCACUGUUUCCCCUUCUCAAUCUCCAACACCCAGGCUUGUAAGUAAAGGGUGCAAGUUAGUUGGAUGUGGUUCUGCUGUGCCAGCUCUUCAGAUUUCUAAUGAUGACCUUUCAAAAAUUGUUGAUACUAAUGAUGAAUGGAUAUCUGUCAGAACCGGGAUUCGUAAACGGAGAGUUCUUUCCGGUGGAGAUAGCUUGACAACCUUAGCAGCGGAGGCAGCUAAGAAAGCGCUUGAGAUGGCAAAGCUUGAUCCGGAUGAUAUUGACCUUAUAUUAAUGUGCACAUCCACACCGGAGGAUCUUUUUGGCAGCGCUCCACAGAUUCAAAAGCAACUUGGCUGCACAAAAAUUCCAUUGUCUUAUGAUAUUACGGCUGCUUGUAGUGGAUUUGUAUUGGGUUUAAUAUCAGCUGCGUGUCAUGUUAGGGGGGGUGGAUUUCGUAAUGUUCUAGUUAUUGGAGCAGAUGCUCUUUCACGAUAUGUUGAUUGGACAGAUAGAGGGACCUGUAUUCUUUUUGGUGAUGCUGCUGGUGCUGUAGUAGUACAGGCGUGCAACAGUGAAGAAGAUGGUUUAUUUGGUUUUGAUGUGCAUAGCGAUGGUAGUGGUCUAAGGCAUUUGAAUGCUGGCAUAAAAGAAAACGAGUCGAAUAAUGCAUUGGAUUCAAAUGGUUCUGUGCGGAGCUUUCCUCCCAAACAGUCCUCGUAUUCGUGCAUUCAAAUGAAUGGAAAAGAAGUCUUCCGCUUUGCUGUACGAUGUGUGCCACAGUCGAUCGAAAAUGCCCUUGAAAAGGCUGGUCUCCCUGCAUCUAGCAUUGAUUGGUUACUUCUCCAUCAGGCAAACCAAAGGAUUAUUGAUGCAGUUGCGACUCGGUUAGAAGUACCCUCAGAACGGGUGAUAUCGAAUUUGGCUAAUUAUGGUAACACAAGUGCAGCUUCCAUUCCCCUAGCUUUAGAUGAAGCAGUUAGAAGUGGUAAGGUUAAAGCAGGCCAAACUAUUGCAGCUGCUGGUUUUGGUGCCGGUCUUACUUGGGGUUCAGCAAUUCUUCGUUGGGGCUAAGUCGCGUCUUUCAUAUCAGAAUUGCAUUUGCAAACAGAAUAGAUUUUCAAGUGCAAGUGCUCUACAUAACCCAAUUUCUUAAACAUAUAUAUGUAGAAAUCGGGUUUGGUGAGUUUGCACAAGGAUAAUAUCCAGAGCAUCCAGCACUUCCACAACUUAGUCCUUUUUUUUUUUGUCUUCAAUUCAUAUAUUGUUGUCAUUGGUCUUGUUUUGUCAAGUAUCAAUUUUUUUUUUUUUGAGGUAUGUAUUUUUCAUUCAGAUUUAUUUUUAAUUAAAAGAGGCUUACUAUUCAAUAUGUUUCUCAAUGAUAAUUGUAAAAAACAUUGCAGCAUGGACAGUGUCUGCUUGAUUGUACUCUAGAUAUCAUUUUCAACAGUCAAAACCAACCAACUACCUAAUUUUAGACA